UCGCGCGGGGCCUGGGGGGAGGGGAGAGCUCUGAAGAUGGCGGCAGUGGUGGAGGUGGAUGUUGGAGCAGGUGCUGCCGGGGAACGGGAGCUGGACGAGGUUGAUAUGUCAGACCUCUCUCCAGAAGAACAAUGGAGGGUCGAGCAUGCACGCAUGCAUGCCAAGCACCGUGGCCACGAAGCCAUGCACGCCGAGAUGGUCCUCAUCCUCAUCGCUACGUUGGUGGUGGCCCAGCUGCUCCUGGUUCAGUGGAAGCAGAGGCACCCCCGCUCCUACAAUAUGGUGACCCUCUUUCAGAUGUGGGUUGUUCCCCUCUAUUUCACAGUGAAGCUGCACUGGUGGAGGUUUCUAGUGAUCUGGGUCUUGUUCUCCGCCGUCACAGCCUUUGUCACCUUCCGAGCCACUCGAAAACCACUAGUACAGACAACUCCAAGGUUGGUUUAUAAAUGGUUCCUGUUGAUCUAUAAAAUCAGCUAUGCCACUGGCAUCGUUGGCUACAUGGCUGUCAUGUUUACUCUCUUUGGUCUUAACUUAUUAUUCAAGAUCAAACCAGAAGAUGCCAUGGACUUUGGCAUUUCUCUCCUCUUCUAUGGCCUCUACUAUGGUGUUCUUGAGCGAGACUUUGCAGAAAUGUGUGCAGACUACAUGGCGUCUACCAUAGGGUUUUACAGCAAGUCGGGCAUGCCCACCAAACACCUCUCAGACAGCGUGUGUGCCGUGUGUGGGCAGCAGAUCUUUGUGGAUGUCAGCGAAGAGGGCAUCAUCGAGAACACGUACAGGCUGUCUUGCAACCACGUAUUCCAUGAGUUCUGCAUCCGCGGCUGGUGCAUCGUGGGAAAGAAGCAGACGUGUCCCUACUGCCGAGAGAAGGUUGACCUCAAGAGGAUGUUCAGCAACCCCUGGGAGAGGCCACAUGUGAUGUACGGCCAGCUGCUGGACUGGCUUCGCUACCUGGUGGCCUGGCAGCCCGUCAUCAUUGGCCUGGUGCAAGGCAUCAACUUCGUCCUGGGCCUGGAAUAGUCAGGGAGGAGGGCUUCCGCCCCCGGACCUCGGGGCGCCCCCCCGCCGCCGGGAGGACUCACGGGGCAGCUGGGCCGCUCAGGGCCUCCGGCUGUGACGGGCUGGGGAGGGUACGACGGAGCGCCAGCCAGCGGGGCUGUCAGCAGUGGGGGCUUUUUAAAAGAAAACUAUUUUGAUGAAUAUAUUUAAUAACCUUUUUUAUUGUGGAACCUAGGAAUUGCCCCACCUCUUCCAGGCCUCAGCCUCCCUGCUUGAGCAGGACGGGCUCAAGCCAAGGCAUUUUUGAUGGCGAGGAGCCGCCCCGGCUCCCGCCCGGGGCCCAGCCCCUCCCCUUCCCUCCCCCGCGUGGGCUCAGGCCCGGUGCCCCCGAGCCUGGGGGAGGGUGGGCUCCGCGCCCUCUUCCUCGCUCCCAUCCCUGGGCAGCGGGAGCCUAGUCGGGCCUCUUCCAGUGAGGGAAGCCCUGGGGGCUCGGGAUUCACUGCGGCUUUGUUUGGGGCGUGAGAGCAGCAGCAGCGGCGGCGGCCUGGCCCCAAGCGGGGCUGUCCUGUUCUCCGGAGAACAGAGACCAGGGUCUCUACGCAGUGGGGCCUCGGGGGCUACUGUCAGAGCCACGAUGGAGGGCCGCUUGUGCAAGCAGGUCCUCUGCCCAGAAGUGGGGACACGUGCCAAAGGCCACUGCCCCAUCACUUCCUUCCCUGAAAGCCCGAGCGAGAGCGUGUGUGCGCCCGCGUCUGUGUGCGCGGCCGAGGGACGGUGACAGAGGCGCCUCUUUCCUGUGGUGAGUGUCCCUCGGAGCUGCCAGGGGAUUCCCAGCCCCGGGAAUACCGUCACGUCAGCCUUGGCAGCCGGCCCUGGGCCCUGCCCAGGCCUGGCAGCGUGGGUGGUGGUGUGGGUGGCAAGAGGGUGAGACCCAGGGGAGCUUGGGGCCUGAAAGGAGGCCCCGGGUCCUGGGAGUUGAGCAGGAAGCGGGGGCAGACGGGCCUCGCGCUCGGGUCCGCGGCCGCCACAGCCUCAGGUGCCACCGGCCGGCAUCGGGCGGGUCCUGUCCGCCGUUCUGAAUAAAGCUCUGUGAGCUGGGCUGGAAAGCUGA